UGUAUUUCAUUUAGGCUAAGAAAGUGCAUACGCAACCUCCGUCGGCGACGCUUGUUUGCACCUCGUCAAGCGCUAGGGGCUAGUUAGGAACCAGGAAGGAAAGCCAUAGCGUGGUUCCCUCCUUAAACCCAUUACCAAAAGCAAUUCACGUAUAUACUAUAGUUGCAUUGGACGGACGUUUGUGUGCUUGCGUUGUAGCAAAUAGCCGCUGCUCAUGUCCACCGCUUUCGCCUUCCCCUACUUCUAUAACUAUCCGCCAUACUUUACGCUGCAGCCAGUUAAGGAGACGCGGGACAAGCAAGUUGCGCUUUGGUGUUCGCUUAUCCUAAGCUACUGUCAGCACACAAAGACCUUCAUCCUAGACACGCAGGCUGACUCGCAGCUCUUUGUAAACAACAGCAUCAACAGGAAGCUAAACAGCGAAGCACGGAUAGCCAUCCUAGAUGAGCUAGUAGCGCAAGGGCGGGCGGAGUGGCUGGACAAGGGCAAAACACAAUGCCUCAUCCUGUGGAAGCGGGUCGAUGAGUGGGCAGCAGUGCUGAUGGAUUUCGUACGGACGUACGGCCUUUCGGGAUCCGUCAUGACCCUGGACGAGCUGACGGGAGGAGACGACGUGCGUGGGACAGAGCUGUUUGGGGCUCACAGGGAGGUGGUGGUGCGGGCGCUUCGGCUGCUGGAGACGCAGGGGAAGCUGAGCACAUUCAAGGGAGCAACACCGGAGGAGGUUGGAGUCAAGUUUACGUAGCACAGACAGCAGGUUUGGCCAGUUUACGGUUUGCUGGGGCUAUGGCUGCCCGGGCCUGAAGGAGAGGACGCGAUGGGGCAAGGGGCUGGCGGGUAGGGAGAGGACGCGUCGGGAUGGCCGCCGGGAGGGUCCGAUGGGCUUGGUGGAGGCAGGGUUUGUAACAGGCAACUGCUGGCGUGAAGGAGAAGUCUGGGGGCGUGGUGGCCUACGUGGGUUCCUUGGGGCAUGUUAACCGAGACGACUUGGCAUUUCAAGCACUCCUUUCAGCGAAUUUCUCAUGAAGACACGGGGUUGGCCUUCAAGGGCUCAUAAGAGCCCGG